CCAAAAAAAUAUACUUUACAUUGUCUCCCCUAUACCCUCACGGACUCCUCCAUCAACGUCUUGCCGCCGAUCUCAUUUUUCAGUCCUCCACCAACCCGAAACCCACCUACGUCCCGGAAACAGCAUCAUGUGCGGAAAUCACGUGACUGAAAGUGGACAAAACUAACGAGCUGUUGCUGAGUUUAAUCAAAUCGAUGCGGAGUAAUUCGGGGAGUUGUGGUUUUCGUUUUUCGUAUGUGAAGAACUCGAUCAAUAUUCAUCGCUUAAGAAAGUAAUCAGCGGUGCUUCAAGGAAAUGUGUACGGUCGUAGCAUCGCUGAAGAAACUCGAAUUAAAAACGAAGCCAGUCACCUUUAUGUUAAUGAGCUAUGACUCGGCUCGUCUGCAACCAAUCAGAAUGUAGAGAUUCUCCACUAAAGAGUGCUUCCCAUAAUACACGUGACUAAGCGGUUUCCGAGCUCACUGGACGGGGAGCUCCGCAGAUCGCUAUCGGGGUAUAAACCAUGAGACAGGAUGUCUCCAGACCGUACUUUUACCCUCUGGACGCGGCAAAUUAAAGUCCGUAUUUAGGUGGCAUAAAAAGACGCGUUUAAAAGAACCCUGUGUACACGUGCUUUUUACUACCACGUCAACAAGGUACACAUGCAAAAAAGGACUUUCAGCCUAAGCUAAUACGUUUGUAUUCAAGGGCAAAGGGUUCAGUGUGUAAUGGAUUAUAUUGAUUGCUGUGUGAUAAUAUUUAGGUUUUUAAUCAGAACCACUGAAACUCAAUUUCUAAACAUUUAACAGAUGAGGAGCAUCCGGGAGGGUGGGGGUGCCGAUCACUGCUUGGCUGGUAUUACGGGAAUACCGUAAAUAUGUUCCCGACCAGGACUAAAGAGUUGUGGUAAAAUUUAGCAAGAGCGGUUAAACUUCGCGCCGAAUAGCGGAACGACAGAUUUCCGUCACAUUGCGCAUCUUUCGUGGGCGUCAGAGCGUGUUGCUGCCAAUUUCCCCCCGGAUACUUCCAGGGGAGGUGGGAUGUCCCCCUAGUCUCCCUAACCCUAUUGGGAGUCAGGACAAGCUACGUUUGUUUGCAUUGCUGCCCCUUUAAAAAGUUUGCGAGACCAUUCUGAAUGCCCUUGUCUCCGCCCACUCAUUACGUGGGAGAGCGUCCCGUACGUCUUGUACGUCGCGGGCAGGGCGACCGGAGGACGCUGAUUGUAGUUAUGAGUUAUUUGUGGUAAGCAGGGUAGUGUCUUAUGUAGUUGAAACUUUGCGUGGUCGAUGUGUAACUUAGAUUAUUAGAAAAGUUGAUAUGUUGUUAGGCAUUCUCGCUACGUUUCUAUUUAAAGCGUAAUUCUGCUUUUGAAAUAUUGACCAAAUGUAUGCCGGUACAUCGCGGCUACGGCAAUCGCUUAUAAGACACGUGACCUCGUCUCGUUUUAAGCGGUCCCUGGUUACCUGGCCGCAGGAUCCUGUAGAUAAAGCAGACACUAAUUAAUUUGAAAUGUUGCAUUCCCGGUACAAGUUAUACAUUGCAAACUUAAAUACCUCUGCCCAUUUUCCAGCCGCUUUCCCAGGGUAGCCUGUCCCGGGACCCGUAGAAUACAGAGAACACAAAAUCACACUAUGGCCAAUUUUCAGACAUGCUUUUACCUGACGGUGUUUUAAUGUGUAAAACACGUGCAUAUUGUCCAAAUUUGAUUUAAAUGAUGAUGUCUGCUAGUAACUGGCCAGUUUACACGCAAGCUACUUGAUCAGAUCUGGCUAUGGCACAUCCGCCUCCCUCCGGGUCGGUGGUGCUGAUGGACUGGUACAGGUCUGUCGAAGGAAAGGGAUUCUUCUCCCGGAUCAAACGCAAGAAAAAACGCAAGAUUUUCGGUUUGCUAGAAGCCCCUGCAGUUCCGCCUCUGGUAAAUGUGGACACUGUCCGCUAUAAGGUCUUCCUCUCAGGGAAGAGUGGUGUGGGAAAGACUGCUCUGGCUGCUCGCCUUGCUGGUCUGGAUGUGUCUAGCGUGCACUACGAGACCAUAGGUAUUCAGACCUCUGUGGUCUUCUGGCCAGUGAAGCUGAGGAACAGCGGCCAGGUCCUGAUCUUCCGUCUGCAUCUGUGGGACUGUGGAGAAAAUGCCCUGCGCCGCUUCGACCAUCUUCUCCCGGCCUGUAAGGAGCAGUUGGAUGCCAUUCUCUUCCUGUUCUCCUUCACAGACCACUCUUCCUUUGAUGACUUACCCGGUCAGAUUGCUCGGGGGUGUGACCCUUCAGAUAAUGUUGUGAAGUUGGUGGUCGGCACCAAGUUUGACCUGUUCAUGCACACGGAUGUGACGGAGCAGGAAGUGAAGGCUUUCCAGGAGCGGUGGGCUGUUCCCGUGUUCUGUAUCGGUGGGGGUGUGUGUGACGACCUGCAGAACGUGGCUCCGCUCCUCAACACCCUUGCGGAGCUUCUGUGGCACCAGGACUGCGUGACUGUUGGCGCGGUGCCAGCCAAUGAGUCUGCUGUGCUAGAUACCAGCAGUCGUGCUGGACACUGACCAGACCAAAGGCUGGCUUUAAAAAGUUGGUCCUAGUUUCUUUAAGAGUCAGUCCAGUCCCACGUGUCGGUCCGUCCAUCUGCCAGUCUGUCUAAUACUCCCUCUUCUGUAUUACAAAUGUAAUUUAAAUACUGUAUAUAUGGACGUAGCUGUAUUCAUCAUUAACAAAUGUUUUGAUAAUUUGUAACAAACUGCUGAAUGUGAAAUUGUCCAAUUCAAAAGGACCCCUUUCUGGUUUGCAAAUGGUUUAUUUUAAGAUGAAAUGAAGUAUUAGUUUGUGUUGUUAAUUCUUCUAAUUGUACUAAGUUUCACGGUUUGUUGUUCUUACUAAUUUGUGCCUUUCAUAUUGGGAAAAUGUUUUUUAAAGACGAACUUUUCAUUUUGAAAUUGUUAAAGGUCAAAGGAACUUUAAUAUGCUAUAUUUUCCCCCACCGUGUAUAUCAUAGCAAAGUCUGUAGCAUUUUGGUGUCAGUUUGUAAUUUAUGCUGCAUUAUAGUUAAAGGUAUGUUUGUUUGCUUUGUGGCACAUUUUGUCUCGUUCCUGAGCACCUAGAGGAAAUUGUGGAGGAAGUGGUCUGUGUCGAGGCCCAACCUGCUCGAUGGAAAACGCGUGCGUGGUGUACUUGCAUGUGUGCUAGUAGCACGGGAGAACAUGCUUUAGACUUGGUGCAAAGCAAAGAUGUGAUGCUGAUGCUCAGCUAUUGGGGGAAAUCAAACUGAAGUUUUAAGUUAGUAACACAAGUGGCUGUUUCAGUUGGCGCGUGAGCACCACCUCAGGCCUGGACCUGAAGUACAGCGAUGUCUGCUUUUAAAAGUGAUUUUCAGGGCUUAUUGAAAUGAGCAUUGUUCUAUAUAAUGUCUAAUCUAUAAAAAAGAAAUAAGCUUCAUUUGGCAGUGUCUUUAUUUUGCACUGUACAAAUGGCAAAUGUACACAGCAUACAAAUGGCAGUGCCUAUUCCAGGAACUAUAAAUAACCCCUCAUUUUCAACGUUUA